CACAAAAGUCAAAAUGUCAAACUUUGCGUUCGUACAUCGUAACCCUAUGAAGGCAUGAGAUAGACAAGUAACAAACUUUCAGUUUGCCCUCGACGUCCGUGAACAUCAAUGAAUGAGUUUCACCGCAGAAUCAAACACAAACAUGGAAAAACAAGCGUGUCAACUUCUACUCGAGCUUAAAGAAAAAUUGUUGAAGUUAAAACAAGAAAUGAAAAAUAAAGAGAAAGAAAUUUGUUUACUCAAGGAUCAGCGUUUAGCCAAAAUGGAGUAUCAAUGCCAUCUUUUAACUUGUUUGAAUAAGCUGAAGUGCCAACAAGUUGCUGAAUGCCAGGAAAAGCUUGAUGUCUUCACCUUGAAGUUUGAUCAUAUUAAAGUGGAGCUAAACUUAAUUUAUGCCCAAUUACAACUUCACACUGGACUCAAAAGUCACACUGGAUUUAACCCAAAUCACCAGGAUAUUUUGGAUAAAAUGUUGUUAGAACUUCGCUGCGGAGUUUGUUCAGAACUAAUGGUUUUCGCUACUUCAUUGAAUUGUAUGCACACAUUAUGCCAAUACUGUGUUGCUAAAUGGAAAAGCGAGUCGCCUACAGCUGGAUGCCCUAUCUGUCGUGAGCCAAUACGUGCUGAAAAAAGAAAUUUCUUGGUCGAUAACAUGAUUGCCAUCAUGAUCAGUUUGUAUUCGAAGGAAGAACAAUCUAACAGGAGGAAAUUUGAAAAGGAACAUCAGGAACUGCACCGAAAUCUUUUGGCUGCUGGACUACGAACACCGGAAUACAACAAUCCCUUUUACCGGAUUACUGACCGUGGUCUGGUUUUGGGAGAGAUGCAAAUCGAGGAGUUACCAAGCAUCGCUCAAAAUCCACCCGCCGCUGUAUCAUCUUCGACUAUGGUCGCAUCAAUUGUUCGCAACUUAACUCGGAAUCCCUUAUUGUCCAGGGAACGUCUAGAUAACAGACGCAGGAUCCACUACGCCAGAAUGCUUGCUAACAUUGGAAGAAGGCGAUUGAUGUCAAGAAACCGUUUGCAGUCAAUUCCUCCAUGCAGCCCAGAGAACAGUCGGCCACCUGUCAUCAAUAUUGGCUCGUCCAGCAGUGUACCUACUCCAAGGAUCGGUGAAACUGCACUGGCGUUGACCUGUCUUUAUAUUGCGGUGACUUUGUUUUUGUAUUAUACCCUGCUUUAUUUGCAUGUUCUAUAGUUUGCGUAAUUUUCUAUUUUAUUUCUAAUCUUUUUAUCAAUUUUAUGAAUUUUUAUGAAAAAUAUCAAUGAAAACUACUAUUUAAAAAAAUAAACUGAAUACAAGUGUAGAAUCGGA